GUAGCUGCACAGGAUAGCUACACGUUGAGUGCGUGCAUGAAGGGCUGUUUCGUAAAAUCUGCCGAUAGUAAGCCACAACAAAUUAAGAUUUGCAACAGAAAUCAAUAAAGUAAAUUGCGGAUAAAAUUGAUAGUUAUUUUGCCAUUUGCUUUGUGUUUCAACUUGUUAGGACGGGUUUGUCCUAGCUUUUGGAAAGGUAUCACUGAGAACUAAGUGAAGGGCAAUGUUGUCAUUAAUUGUCAGAACAGCUCUAACAAAAAACAGCAGUGUGUGGCUACCAGGUAUCAGAGCCAUGAGAGCCAUGUCUUCCGGAGGUCCCACCGCCCCCUUUACCACCCUCUCAAUCAGCCACCCAGCCACGGCCGUCACCCACGUGGAGCUGCACCGCCCUGAGAAACGCAACGCCAUGAACCGUGCCUUCUGGAGCGAGAUGGUGGACUGUUUCUCUCAGAUCGCUGCAGACCCAGAUUGCAGAGUGGUGGUCGUCUCGGGAGCAGGCAAGAUGUUCACUUCCGGCAUUGACCUGAUGGACAUGGCCAGUGACAUACUUCAACCAGAGGGAGACGACAUAGCCCGAACUUCGUGGAACAUGAGACGCAUCAUCACCAAGUACCAGGAGACAUUCAGCGUCAUUGAGAAGUGUCCGAAGCCAGUGGUGGUGGCAGUGCACAGUGCCUGUAUAGGAGGAGGUGUGGAUCUGAUCACAGCGUGUGACAUCCGGCUGUGCACUCAGGAUGCCUGGUUCCAGGUUAAGGAAGUGGAUAUUGGCCUGGCAGCAGAUGUUGGAACUCUGCAGAGACUUCCCAAGGUCAUCGGCAGCCGCAGCCUUGUGAAUGAGCUGGCUCUGACUGCCAGGAAGAUGUAUGCUGAUGAGGCCAAGAGCAGCGGGCUGGUCAGCCGUGUGUUUGACGAUAAGGAGGCCAUGAUGGCGGCGGCUCUGGAGUUGGCGGGGGAGAUCGCCGGGCGCAGCCCCGUGGCGGUGCAGGGUACCAAGGUCAACUUGAUCUACUCCAGGGACCACAGCGUGGCCGAAGGACUGGACUACAUGGCUACUUGGAACAUGAGCAUGCUGCAGACCCAGGACGUGAUGAAGUCCGCUCAGGCUUCCAUGGAGAAGAAGAGCCCCAAGGAAGUGACUUUCUCCAAGCUGUGAGACCACCUGGGCCUGGCCCAACUCAGCCUGCUGGGGAGGAGGGGAGAUUUCUACGUUAAUAAAGGGGUCUAAGAGGGACUGGCCUACCCCUUUGUUCACAGGGCAUUGAGUGGAAAGGGGAGUGAUGGAGGGUUAACUGUUAUACUGUUGCUCACUGUCUCUUGGAGCUCACUAACUGAGAAUGUGUUGAACAGGGCCCAGAGAUGGGAUAGAUGUUUUUUUGUGACCCUGCAUCCUGGUUAUACAGACUCCCUGAAUCAUUGGGUUAGUGCUAUUAAGUCAAUCCUAAAAAUGUUAACUACUGCCAUGCCUUUUAAAUACAAGUGUAUAGAAUUGGGAUACAAGGAACGCGUUUUGUGCCAAUGCCUUUCAUGUUCAUCAGAGAAACCACAAUGAAAUACAGUACCAGUCAAAAGCUCGGACACGUGUCCAAACUUUUGACAGGUACUGUAUGUCGGUUGAGAGUUGAAAGAGCAAUCGCUUUGUUUCCAACUCUGGCAGGGCCGGCUCUUUAAUCAAGCCUGAUCAUGAUUGUUUGAUCAAAUAAAGAAUUAAAAAGAG